UUGUCAUUUAGUUAGAGAAGUACGUUCAGGGUUAUCGACACAACGGUUAAAAUGUAGCCUGGAGAAUUUCCCUCGCAUCAAAUAUAUGCACAAAAUGAUAACAUGUUUUGAAAGUACACUGAGAAAAAUUGAAACUAAAAGCAACUUAUCAUUUGGAGAAUAUUUGAGUGAAAGGACGGAUGUGAUUCUGUAUAUACCAUCAAAUACAUCUGAAGAAAAUGAGACAUUAUUACCUCCCAAGCUUGAAACGAAUAUACUUCCGGAGGACAAAGUAUCCAUUUGGCCUGAUUCUGUUCUGGUUUAUUUUCAAGAAGAUGGAGAAAACCUAGAACAGAUUAAAAAGAAAAUAAGAGGAUUUCAGAAAACUAGCUGGAGUAGUGAGAUCAUUGUUCUGAGUCCAGGGACUAGAUAUGGAUCUCAAUCCUUUGGACAAAACACCUUCACAAUAGUAGAUUGCAACAAAAAAUCUAUAAGAGAAGCAAUAUCCAAAUGUCUGGAAGCAUCAGUCUCUCAGUAUUUAAAAGACAAAAUGUCAAACCUUAUUAAAGUUGAGGAGUCUGAUAAAUGUUUAUUGAAGGCAAAACUUUUGUCAUUACAAACUCUUCUGUCGAAAUCAACCCCUUGCAAACCAUCCAAGAGAAUUCCAAAGAAAAUAAAGGAUUAUCUAUUCGAACAUCCAUCCGUCUUGAGCUUCGCGAUUUGGGAAGGGAAAAAGUUCAGAAUAAUUGUAAAGGAUAUAACUUGUAAAGAAGGUCUAGAACAGGACCUAAAUGCAUUAGAUCCUGAUGGGGAUUUUUUGCUGUCACACAUGAUUGAAAUUUUAAAGGGAAGCGUAAGAGUCAGUCGCUACGUUAAACAAGGGGAUAAACUUGUCCCAGGGCAUAGUGUAAAUGGCUCGCAAACAGAAGAAAACUAUGAUGCCGCGUCUACUAGUGAGAGAUACGAGCUGGAAGAGUGUUGUUACGGAACAUUAGGUGCUUUUAUGGAAGACAAAAGUAACGGAGAACUAUAUGGUAUAACAUGUCGACAUGUGAUUCCACAUAAACACGAAAAAGUGUACAUAAGAAUAGACCAAAAUAAGCCACUAUCUGAAUUUGGUCAUUCAGUGUAUACUUCUGAAAAACCUUUUGAAGACUUAGCGGUAUUCAAAGUAAACGAUCAUGUUACAGAUGAAUGCAUAAAAACUUUUCAAAAUGAUGAUGAAUAUGAAUGCAAUGCCACAGUUUAUCCUGGACAUAUCUCUGAUAAUUUGAUUGUUCAUAAGAAGGGAGCAGCCACCGGAUGGACUAUAGGGCGGAUUCAGAGUCGAGAAUGUUAUUCUCGUUUAAUUCCUGAUCAAAAUGAGGUGUUCCUUGUCAACGGUUUUGAUGAAGAAUUCUUUUCACUCGGUGGAGACAGUGGUUCUGCAGUGUUUAAGCGUGAUGAAUCAUUCGAUCAGUCAACAGUAUCCGUGCUCGGUAUGGUACUUGGUGGAAUGGAAAGUAAUUAUGAAGACCAUCGUCCUGAGAUAGAGAAAUCUACAAUGUGUUUCACUCUGAAUAAUUCUUUGAAUGCAAUGACUAAAUGCAAUGGCUUAGAAUUAGAAUUUCCAUCCAUAGAACGAAGUUUGUGCAACGAUUCGGACUAACUCAAUUUUCAUUUGCAAACAACUGCUUAUUUAUCAAGUAAACAAUAUCAUUUAAUCUGAAGGUCCUACAAUUGACAUCUGUAUAAAUUUAAUCUCUAUUUUGAAAAAGCAUCCUAAAAGUAUUCA